GCACAUGUAAAGGCACAUUAGUUAGAAUGUUGUUCUUUAGUGUAGUUGUGAGUAUAAUGGCUGUGGUCCCAUCAGAAGAGCACAAUUUACUAAAUGCAUACCUUCCAGGCGACAUCAUUAUUGGAGGACUUUUUCCAAUUCACUUACAAACGAACAGAACCUCAAUCCCUGCACCUAUCUCCUGCAGCCACUAUAGCUACCAAAUGUUUCUCCAAUCUCAAGUGAUGAUAUAUGCCAUUGGAGAAGUGAACCAACGCAAACUUCUACCAAACAUCACGUUGGGUUACCACAUCUACGACACAUGUGCCGAUGUCACCUUAGCCAUCAGGGCCACUCUGGAGCUUGUGAAGGGCUGGUCUGACCCUCAAAGAUGUAACGCAACGUUAAUGCAACCUAAAGUGAUGGCAGUGGUUGGUGAAAGGUUUUCCGAGGUUUCAAUCGCAGUGUCUCGGAUUGUCGCUCUGGCUUCGGUUACCCAGAUUAGCUACGCAUCAACGAGCGAGCUUCUCAGCAGGAAGUUGAAGUUCCCCACAUUUCUGCGAACAAUAUCCAGCGACGAAUAUCAGACAAAAGCCAUCGCCGAGCUGGUGAAACAAUUCAACUGGAAGUCGGUGGCCAUCGUAGGCAGUGACGAUGAGUACGGGAAGUACGGUAGCGAUCGCCUUUCGCAAAACGUCAGAGAGCUGAAGGAUGUCUGCAUUGAAUUCAUCGACAUUCUGCCCGAUUACUUCUCCAAGAACGAUUCCAAAACCCACAAGAGGCUGGCGGCUCUUGUGGAUAACAUCAACAAAUCAACUGCUGAGGCCAUUGUGAUGUUCACCAAGGGUCCAAAUGUUGACCUUAUACUGAAGGCUGCUAUUCGACACAAGCUGAACAAAACAUGGAUCGCAAGUGAUUCCUGGUCCACCUCGACAACGCUAGCUACUUUGCCUGGUAUUGAGAUGGCCGGCCAGGUAUUUGGAUUCAACUCCAAGCGGAACACAGUGCCCGGAUUUAAAGAGUACCUCAUGUCCAGGUUCAACAAAACAACCAACGCCAUCCUGGAUUAUCACUUGAAUCAUUACCCGCUUUGUUCCAAUGGGUCAGACAGAGGUUGUAUAUUAACAAAUAGCAUUCAAGAGACUGGUCAAUGUGUGGAUAUAAAAUGCUUGGCCAGUCAUAUGGAUGAAGAUGAAACUUAUAAUAUCUAUUUAGCAGUACAAGUCAUCGUUGAGGGGAUCAGACGCGUCAUGGAAUGUGACCAUGAAAAGUGUCAACGUCAAAAUGACUUCACAGCCUUGGAGCUUCUCAUGGAGAUAAAGAAGGUCAACUUCACUGUGGACACAACCCAUUUAUUUUUUGAUAGUAACGGCGACCCCAGUUUAGGAUAUGACAUUUUAUACUGGGACAAGACACAAAAUGAAAUCAUCAAAAUCAUUGGAGAAUACUGGCCAAAUGGAAAAGUGGUGGUCCCACAGGACAUGGUGCGAAAAAUGCAUAGUGUAAAGUUAACAGCUUACAAUUGCUCUAAAACAUGCAAACCUGGACAAGAAUUGAAGAAGCAGAAUGUAAAGUUGCAAUGCUGCAGUGAUUGCGUUCCAUGUGCUGAGGGAGAAUAUUCGACAGGUCAAGGUGCAGAGUGUAGACGCUGUAGAGACAACGAGUAUUCAUCUCCGCAGAGGAAUGAAUGCUUGAAGAAAAAAAUGGAGUUCCUGGUCUGGUCGGAUCCCUUCAUUAUCUUGUUGAGUAUUUUGGAAGCCUUGGGCAUGAUUCUAACACUCGCGUUUGCCGUCUUGUUUGCCAUGCAUCGUGGCACUCCCGUUGUGAAGGCUGUGGGAGGCUACUUGUGCUUUUUGGAGCUCUUUUCUUUGCUAACGUGUUUUGGCCUUACCUUGAGCUUUCCGGGGAAACCCACAGCGGCCUCCUGCAUGAUUGGCAUGCCGCUCUUUGGAAUGGCCUUUUCUCUGUGUAUCUCCUGCAUUCUGGCAAACCUCUUGCAGAUACUCGUGGGUUUCCAGUUUAAUUUGAAGACCGAGUCCUGUUUGAACAAGGUCAACCAGCCCGUGGCUGUGGUGGCCCUGAUAUCUGGGAUCCAGCUGGCUUUGUGUGUGCCGUGGCUCUGCCUUUACCCUCCAUUUCCAACACAGAGGAAUUUAAGCAGGACCAUCCUGUUGCAGUGCAAUAAAGGCUCCACUGAAUUCUUCAUAGCCAUGUUAGCCUACAAUGCACUAUUGGCCCUUAUUUGUUUCCUGUUUGCAUUCAAAGGGAAGCAGUUGCCAGAUCUGUACAAAAAUGCAAGUUUGAUCACCGUUAGCAUGCUGCUGUAUUUGAUUGUUUGGAUCCUCUUCAUCCCAAUCUACAUCCAUUUGUUUGGGGCGUACCAACAAGCCAUCGAGAGCGCUGCCAUUCUCAUUUCCAGCUACAGCAUUCUUUGCUGUCACUUGGCGCCCAAGUGCUACAUUAUGGUGUUUAAGAAGGAACUCAAUGAGGAGAAAGCCAUCGUGGAAUACAUCAGGAAGCAUUAUGAGAGGAAAGGGAUUGCUCUUGUUAAAUGAUUCAAACUCACACACCUCUGUUGAAGAAAAAUAAGAGUGAUCAUGGAUAGAACUUGACUCAGGCACUUGUUUGUAAAGGUAAUAAAUAAAAUUCUAUGAAAAUUAA